AUGUUACCUUGCUACAGAAUUGGAACAUGUUUUUCAUGUCAAAACUGUAAUUUUAAUAAUCAAUUUAAACUUAGUUUUAGCAAUUGUUGUCAUUCGCGCUAUGAACGUGCCAAGAAAGGUUUUAAAGAUAAAAAUCCUUCUCUAACCACUACUGACUACAUUAGUGUCAAUGAAGAUUCUGAUUUUUCAGCAGACUCUAUUUUAUCGAAUAAUAAUUUGGAUUUUUCAACAAAUUUUGUUUUACUGAAUAAAAGUUCUGAUCUGCAUUUAGAACUAAAAGCAAUGGUUAUUAUUAAGGUUGAAAAUUCUAUGUCGAUGCUUGCAAAAUAG